GCGAGCUGUUCUCACUGGUUUUUGUUCCCCAUGCUUGUAGGAUGGAAAAGCAGAUGUGAAGUCUCUCAUGGCGAAGUUCAGCGCAGCGGGUGACCCCACAGAGGAGGUCUCGGUCAGCAGCCGACCCUUCAAGGUCACCGGGCAGAAUUCCCCUUCAGGACUCCAGGCCAAGAAGAACUUCUUCAACAACCAAGGAAAUGCCAGCCCUCCGACGGGACCCAGCAGCGGGCCGAAGUUUGGGGGCCCAAAGCCACCUGUGGGGGUGAAACCUUCUCCUGAGGAAAAGCCGGAACUGGAGCCCAAGCCCCCGUUUCUGAAGCCCGUGGGAGUGGGCCAAAGGUUUGGACCCCCGGCCCCCAGAGACCCCGAGGGGAAAGCGGCCUUUCUGAGACCCGUAGGCCCCAAGCCCAACCCGCCCAGAGAAGAUGCCAAGCCCGUGUUUCCCCGGCCUCCUGGGAACAAGCCUUCGCUGCACGCUGUCAACCAAGACCACGACCUAAAGCCGCCAGGCCUGAAGCCCAGGCUUCACCCUCCAGCCCAGGAAAGCGACCCCAAGCCAGUGUUCCCUAAGUUUCCUGGGGUGCAAGGCAAGUUUGUGCCAGCCCCACAAGACCAGGAGCCCAAGCCCCUCUUCCCCAAACCCGCCCUGGGCCCGAAGCCAUCCCCCAGUCUCGAUGACCCCCACGAAGGCGAGAGCCCCACUAAGAACGCGUCUCCACUCAGAGGACCCUCAGCCCCCCCAGGAGUCAAGUCCAAAAGCGGCUCUUUAAGGCCAGCGAGGGAAGACCCAGAGGCGAAAGGCCAUGGAGGCGAGACGUCAAGUUCACCUUUCCCUGGAGUGGUCCUGAAGCCUGCCGCCAGCAGGGGAGCCCCGGGCCUCCCCAGAAAGGCCGAGGACCGGAGAGAAGACAGGAAGAUGGAUGCUGCUAAGAACGUGUUCCUGGGCAAGAUGAGCCAGGAGGAGCCGGCCUGCGGGGCUCCGCCUGCCUUGCUGCCUAAGACACCUUCUAAGGUGACGAUGGCCGGGCCCUGGGGCCAAGGUCAGGAAAAGGAAAGGGGAGACACCACCCCUAAGCAGAAGCCCCUGCCCCCCUUGGCUGUCCUGGGCCCUCCUCCACCGAAGCCCAGCCGGCCCCCCCACGUGGACCUGGCCAAAUUCCGAAAAGCUGCUCCUGCGAACAGUACCAGCAAAGGCCAAACGCCUUACUCAACAGCCUCCCUACCACCACCUCCACCACCCCAUCCGGCCAGCCAACCGCCAUUGCCAGCUUCUCACCCAACACAACCACCAGUCCCAAGUCUACCUCCCAGAAACAUUAAACCUCCUUUAGAUCUAAAAAGCCCCGUCAAUGAAGACAAUCAAGACGGUGCCAUGCACUUUGAUGGUGCUGGAAAUCUAGAUGAGGAAGAAAGUGAUGGAGAAACAUAUGAAGACAUAGAAGCAUCCAAAGAACGAGAGAAGAAAAGGGAAAAGGAGGAAAAGAAGAGAUUAGAGCAGGAGAAAAAGGAACAGAAGGAGAGGGAAAAGAAAGAACAAGAGAUAAAGAAGAAAUUUAAACUCACCGGCCCCAUUGAAGUCAUCCAUCAAGCCAGAGCUUGCUGUGAUGUCAAAGGGGGGAAGAAUGAGCUGAGCUUCAAGCAAGGCGAGCCUAUUGAAAUAAUUCGCAUCACGGACAACCCGGAGGGGAAGUGGUUGGGCAGAACCACCCGGGGGUCAUAUGGCUAUAUUAAAACCACUGCUGUGCAGAUUGACUAUGACUCCUUGCAACGGAAGAAAAACUCUCUGGGUCCUCUUUCAUCGAGACCCGUUGAAGAUGACCAAGAAGUGUAUGAUGAUGUGGCAGAGCAAGAUGAGGCUAGCAGCCACAGUCAGAGUGGAAGUGGAGGGAUGUUCCCACCUCCCCCAGAUGACGAUAUUUAUGAUGGGAUUGAAGAGGAAGAUGCUGAUGAUGGCUCCACACUACAGGUUGAAGAGAAGAGUAACUCGUGGUCCUGGGGAAUUUUGAAGAUUUUAAAGGGAAAAGAUGACAGAAAGAAAAGUAUACGAGAGAAACCUAAAGACUCUGAGUCAGACAAUAAUGAAGGUUCAUAUUUCCCUGCUCCUCCUAAACAAUUGGAUAUGGGGGAUGAAGUCUAUGAUGAUGUCGAUGCCUCUGACUACCCCUCGCCUUCGGCAGACAUGAGUCAAGGAGCCAAGGCCAGGACAGAAGAGAAAGACGCUAAGAAGCUAAAAAAGCAGGAAAAAGAAGAAAAAGACUUCAGGAAAAAAUUUAAAUAUGAUGGUGAAAUUAGGGUCCUGUAUUCAACCACAGUUGUUCCAUCCUUAACUUCUAAAAAGUGGGGGAACAGAGAGCUACAGGUGAAGCCUGGCGAAUCCCUCGAAGUUAUACAAAACACCGACGAUACAAAAGUCCUCUGCAGGAAUGACGAAGGCAAAUAUGGUUAUGUCCUUCGGAGUUACUUGGUGGACAAUGAUGGAGAGAUCUAUGAUGAUAUAGCUGAUGGUUGCAUCUAUGACAAUGACUAGCCCUCAGCUUCGGUCAUUCUGCAGUGUUCACUUGAUGCCAGUAUGAAGUCUAGGCUUUAAUUGGCAUACGUUAUUGGUUAUCAUAGAAAAUGAAUGCACAGAACUACUUGUUAUCAUUUGUUGUAAAUUCUGAGUAUCUUUAUAAAGUUUUAACAUUUGGACUUGGAAAA